AUGGUUAUAGGCUACUCGAUUUUAACUCCAGCCUUUCACUUCAAAAUUUUGGAUGAUUUCAUUGAUGUUUUCAAUGAACAAAGCGCAAUAUUAAGCCGUAAAUUGGAAAAAGAACUUAACUCGAAAGCCUUCAACGUAUUUCCAUAUGUAACUUUAUGCACAUUAGAUAUUGUUUGUGAAACUGCUAUGGGCAGAAAUAUACAUGCGCAAAGUAACAGCGACUCGGACUAUGUUAAAGCCGUUUAUGGCAUUGGUGAAAUUGUGCAGAGUCGUCAGUCGAAAUUGUGGUUACAAUUCGAUUCCAUCUUUCGUUGGACUGAGGACUAUAAGCGUCACCAGAGCUACGUGAACACUUUGCACGGAUUCUCGAAUAUGGUCAUACGUGAGCGUAAAGCGGAAUUAGCUGAUAAUAUUCUGAAUAACAAUGUGAAUAAUAAUGUACCUGACGCCUACGAUGAUUUGGGCAAGAAGAAACGUUUGGCUUUCUUGGAUUUAUUGAUUGACGCAUCGAAAGAAGGCACUGUACUCUCUAAUGAGGAUAUAAGAGAAGAAGUUGAUACAUUUAUGUUUGAAGGUCACGAUACCACUUCAGCUGCGAUUUCGUGGACUCUCUUUUUACUCGGUUCACAUCCAGAAUAUCAAGAACGUGUUGUGGAAGAAUUGGACUCAAUUUUCGGUGAUGAUAGGGAAACACCAGCUACUAUGAAAAAUCUUAUGGACAUGCGUUACUUAGAGUGUUGUAUCAAGGAUGCCUUACGUCUCUUCCCAAGUGUACCUAUGAUGGCUCGUUCCGUUGGUGAAGAUGUUAAAAUCGGUGACUACUUGAUACCAGCUGGCACAACUGCUAUUAUCAUGACUUAUAUGUUGCACCGCAAUCCAAAAGUGUUCCCCAAACCUGAACAAUUUAAUCCUGAUAAUUUCUUGCCUGAAAAUUGUGCUGGACGCCAUCCAUUCGCUUAUAUACCUUUCAGCGCUGGACCACGUAAUUGCAUUGGACAAAAAUUCGCCAUAUUGGAAGAGAAGGCCGUGCUAUCAAGUGUUUUGCGUAAAUAUAAAAUUGAAGCCGUAGACCGACGUGAAGAUUUAACACUUUUGGGUGAAUUAAUUUUGCGACCCAAGGACGGAUUACGUGUUAAAAUCACAAAACGCGUAUAA